UUAUGUUUGUAUAAUCAAAGAACAAACGUUUUGUCUUUUGUAUUAACUAUUAAGAGUUAAGACUAAGUGAAAUUUGAAUAGUGAAUAGUGAUACUAAAAAUUGUAUUACGAUUUAAAAAUUUAAAAUAAUAUGAAAAUAUAAACUCUUUUUUUUUGGUUGUGUGUACUCUAUUAAAAAUAAAAUGGCUCUUGCUAGUAUGCAAAGAAAAACCAAUGUACGAUUGCCUCCAGAAAUUAAUAGGGUUCUUUACAUAAGGAACUUACCUUAUAAAAUAACAGCCGAAGAAAUGUAUGAUAUUUUUGGAAAAUAUGGUGCCAUUCGUCAAAUUAGAGUAGGCAACACUCCAGAUACAAGAGGAACUGCAUUUGUAGUAUAUGAAGAUAUAUUUGAUGCAAAGAAUGCCUGUGAUCACUUGUCUGGAUUCAAUGUGUGCAACCGAUACCUAGUCGUCUUAUAUUAUCAGUCAACCAAAGCAUUUAAAAAAUUGGAUACAGACAAGAAGAAAGCCGAAUUAGAAAAAGUCAAAAUGAAAUAUGGCCUCAGUGAAGAAAAUUAGAUCUAAUUAUAGACUAGUAAUUUUUUCUGCUGAUAACUGAUUGAAAAAUACAUAUAAUGUGCAUGAUAUUGAUUAACUAUAUAACAGAAUAUGUAAAUAUUAAAUUAAAAUUAUAGAUAUAACUUUGAUGUAUCUAAUUUUAAAAAUAUUCAACUAUAAGCA